CAUCAGUGCAAAGACGACAGGAGAAAAGGCACGACUCAGUGGACAGGAGAGACAACAUAAAGACACGGAGGAGAAGACGGAGACAGAGACGAGAGCCUGACGAGGAGGGACAGAGACAGAAGGAUAAAAGGGAGACGGAGGGAGAGACGAGACACCUGCAGAGUCGGCAGCAGGAGCACGGAGCGUGGGCCUGGCAGAGAGGGAGCCUCAAUCAGAGCCUCACUUCGGACUGUGAAAGCCACACACACACACACACACCCCGACUUAAAACACAGUUGUUUACCCGUCUCCACUCUCCAGAGGGUCUGGGAGCUCCCUGAAGUGUGUGUGUCUGGUUGGGUGCAUAGGGUGGGAGGGUGUGUGUUUUUUUUAUUUGUUAAUGAGUGUGUGGGUGUCUCGCGUCACUUUUCAUGGGACAUUGAGAGAUGUGUGUGUCACAGCAUCGGUGGACGGGCUAUAGGGGGCCGUGCUCCCCCGCCCUCCCCCUGAUCCUCCUCCUCCUCCUCCCUCUGUCCUUCCUCUCCUCCACGCCUCCGUUCGCUCAGGGAGCCAUCCACAUCCCCAAAGACUUGUUACAGCCUCCGCUCCUGACAAAGAUGCCGACAUCGUACACAGCCUUUUCUCUUGAGGACAUCUAUCUGCCAUGUGAGGCCUCUGGUAACCCGACACCCACUUUCCGCUGGAUGAAGGAUGGCAAGUUGUUCAGGUCGGAGCAUAAUGAGUCCGGGACGUUGUACGCCGAAGAGGAGGAGGCCCUGGAGUUGUACGAAGGCAAAUACCGCUGCUUUGCCUCCAACACCCUGGGGACCGCCAUGACACAAACCAUACAGGUCAUCAUAGAAGCUCAACCAGUUAUGGCCAAACAACAGAAAAUACAUUUGAGAGCCUUCGAGGGCGAGAGCAUGGUCCUGACCUGCCGCCCUCCGCAGAGCUCAGAUCCUCCGCUCAUCCACUGGAUGGACAAGAAGAUGGUGCACAUCAAGCAGAGCGAGAGAGUGAUGGUCGGCCAGGAUGGGAACUUGUACUUUUCUGAUCUUCUAAAGAGCGACACCAGAGACGACUACACCUGCAACGCCCAGUAUACAGCAGCCAGGACCGUCCUCCCUGACACUCCCAUCAGGCUCACUGUCAUGCCCAGUAAUGAUGUCAGUCAGGUCAGAGUACCCCGCCUCUUCCGUCCCACCGGCACCCACACCACCAUCAUGGCCCUCAGGGAGAACAGCGUCACCCUCGAAUGUAUCCCCACAGGCCUACCCACUCCGGUGGUCAAAUGGAAAAAGAAGGACGGUCACAUGCAUGAAACGAGCGGGAAACUGGAGGCCCAUGACCGCUGGCUUCACUUCGAGAGCAUCACCCAGAAUGACGACGGGGAGUACGAGUGCACAGCCUCCAACAAUGUAGGCUCCGUGUCACACGCCUUCACUCUCACUGUGGAAGCUGCUCCGUACUGGGUGAAGGAGCCUCAGAACCUGCUGUACUCUCCCGGGGAAACUGUGCGACUUGAGUGUCAGGCUGAAGGCAUCCCGACCCCCACCAUCACCUGGAGCAUCAACGGUCAGCCAGUCACAGAGGUGGACGCUGAUCCUCGUCGGAGCGUAGCAGAGGGCGUGUUGAUACUGAGGGAUGUUGAGUUUGCCGACACCGCUGUGUAUCAGUGUGAGGCCACCAACAAACACGGCGCCAUCCUCCUCAACACCUACCUUUACGUCGUAGAGCUCCCGCCUCAGAUCCUGUCCUCUGACGGAGUGGUGUACAGAGUCACUGAGGGCGGAGACGUCAUGCUGCACUGUGAAUCCUUCGGCUCGCCACGACCUCACGUCACAUGGGAGGGUGGGGACAAGCUCCCCCUGCUGUCGGACCCUCGUGUCUCCCUGCUGACCAACGGGACCAUCGAGCUGUCGGGGGCCAGUCACGAUGACACGGGAGAGUACACCUGCUCCAUCAAACACUCCAACAACUCCAUCUCUGCUCACCUGGAAGUCUUCAAUCGAACACAGAUACUGACGGAGCCGCAGCACGUGCGCACGCUCCGAGGAACCAGCGCUCUGCUGGACUGUGACUUCUACAAAGACCCUCAGCUGCUGCAGUACCGGAUCAUCUGGAGCAAAGACGGACUGGAGCUGCAGGAAUCGUCACCAGAUGACAAGUACACUAUCUUUGAGAAUGGCACCUUGAAAGUGACAAACGUCCACCCAGAGGACAACGGGGUGUAUUCCUGCGAGGUGAAAACUGACCUGGACCGUGUGAAGGCCAGUGGCUCCAUCACUGUCGUAGCGCGGCCGGAUCCUCCCAAAGAUCUGUCUCUGUCUGAUAUCGAGGACCACAGCCUCACUCUCAGCUGGAUCCCAGGACACUCACACAACAGCCCCAUCAUAGAGUUCAUCGUGGAGGCCCGGGAGGAGCAGCACUCCGAGGAGGGGCAGUGGAAGUGGGAGGAGUGGAAGAAAGUCUCCGGGGAGUUCAACCACCUGGAGCUGACCCUCCACCCCUACUGCACCUACCGCUUCAGGGUCAUCGCCAUCAACGAGAUCGGCAACAGCGAACCUAGCAAGCCCUCAGAGCACCGCAGCACGCCACCAGCUGUCCCUGACAAAAACCCCACCGGUGUGCGCAGUGAGUCCAUAGACCCAAAGACUCUGAUCAUUACCUGGGAUGAGAUGGACAAGCGUUUGCAUAACGGCCAGGGCUUCCAGUACAAGGUGUAUUGGCGGCAGGCUGGGGGGGCGGAUGUCCGCUGGAACACCGCCGACGUACAGUCUCCGCCAUUCAUGGUAAACAACACAGGAACGUACACGCCGUUUGAGAUCAAAGUCCAGGCUGUCAACUCACUUGGAGCAGGACCGCCACCGAAGCCUGAGAUCGGACACUCCGGAGAGGACGUGCCUGAAGAAGCUCCCACUGGAGUCACAACAACUGUGAUCAACAGCACCGUCAGAGUCAAGUGGAACGAAGCCAAGAAUGUCCGAGGUCUGCUGCUGGGAUACAAGAUCUACAUCAGGAGGAUGGGACCUCAUGGGGGUCGGUUGCGGAGGUCUCUUGGCAAAGUGCACCACGAGAAAGAGGACAGAUCAGAGCGAGGGAAGGACAGAGACAGGGGGAGUCGGGUGGUGGUGGUCCACGGCAUGAAGACAUCAGAGGAAGUGACGGGGCUGCAGCUGUAUUCUCGGUAUGAGCUGUCUCUUGCUGCCUUUAACAGCAAAGGAGGGGGGCCUCAUUCCCCGCCGCACCACUUCAGCACCCCGGAGGGAGCACCUGGUCCUCCUGCAUCGUUGACAUUUGACAGUCCUUCAGAGAAAUCGCUGAUCCUCUACUGGACCCCUCCAGUUGAACCCAACGGCGUCCUGCUGGGAUACAUGGUGCAGUAUCAAGAGGAGGUGGAGAGCAGAGACAGCCUGCUGCAGAUGGAGAUCAUCAGUGAUCCCAGUGUGACACACAUUAUGUUGGACUCUCUGGACCCCAGCAGCUACUACAUCUUCAAAGUGAUCGCACGCACCGCCGCCGGAGAUGGACCUCCCAUCACACGGAGGGGCGCCACCCUGCUGGACGGAGUUCCUCCGUCCAACAUCAGCAUCAUCUCCAGUAACACGUCACUCAACCUGAGCUGGGUGCCCGGAGAGCGGGACAGGAACCACGGCUUCAUCAUCCGCUACAUGAGGAAGAGUCUCGGCGCUAAGUGGGAGGAGUCAGAGGUGGUGAACUCCACGCAGGGUUUCUAUUCGCUGAAAGGCCUCCAACCAGGAUCUCAGUACCACCUGAUGAUCAAGCAUGAAAACGACACCAUGUGGGAAGAUGUGAAGUGGACCAUGGGACCAGUGCCGUCAGAGAUGCCCGGAGGCUUCGCCACCCAGGGUUGGUUGAUAGGACUCAUCAGCGCUAUCGUGCUGUUGGUGCUGAUUCUGCUCAUCCUCUGCCUUAUCAAACGCAGCAAGGGCGGCAAAUACGCAGUGAAGGACAAAGAGGACAAGGAGGUGGACUCUGAAGCUCGGCCGAUGAAAGACGAGACCUUCGGAGAGUACAGUGAUGCAGAUGAGAAGCGCUCAGACAGCCAGCCGUCUCUGUGCGGGGAGAGCAAGUUGGGCAGCGACGACUCUCUGGCUGAAUACGGGGACAGCGUGGACAUCCAGUUCAACGAGGACGGCUCGUUCAUCGGCCAGUACAGUGGCCGGGGGCCUGUCACCCAUGGCAACGAGAGCUCUGGUCCCGCCUCUCCCGUCAACGCAGUCCCGCCUCCACCCAUCGCUCCAUCCAUGUCGAGCAUCCUGAACCGGCCCAGCUAGACACACAUAUACACACAUGACAAAAAUACACACACACAUACACACUGCCUGCCUGCAACAAAACACAAAGGGACAGACCACUCCUGACUCCACUGCCUGUAAUGUAAAAUUGCCAGAACACACACACACACACAAACACACACACACACGCACGCACACAAACUCACACUGUCUCAGUACAUUCCACAGGUUUAUGCAGUGAAGAUGUUUACAGGAUGUCUCACCUUUCUACUCCGAGUUUACACACACAAACACACACACACACGCGCGCGCAACGCAUUCAAUCAAAAAGAGCUUCACUCUUCCAUCAGACAGACAGAGGGAGGUGGAGGACAGGAGUCAGUUGCACCAGCUGUUUAAACUUAGACAAGUUACAAACAGGGUUUCCGUUUGGUGCCGGUCGACGUCACAGAUUCACGGACACAUGGGAGAAACUCUGGUCGAAUAUGAUGAUGAUGUUUAUUGAUCUUAAAAGCAGUCGAUUGGCAGGCUAUAUAAGAAAAUGACAUCAUCAAGACAUGUAGAUUUUAGAGAUGUCACGGUGGGGACAUUUUCCUAGUGGGUAAUAAACACCGGUGUUACAGAUUAUGAUGGAUAUUUUACGAUAGAAGAAAUUUGUUGAUGGCGCUGUGUUAAGUUACUGCUGAUGCAAACGGAAAAUGUAUUUACUGCUGCAGCUUCUACUUGACUUUUAUUAUGAUGGGGUCACAGGAAAUGAAAUGCGUUUGUCGGUGACAUUAGCCCUCCUGCUACCGUUUAUCAAAACUACAUCUACCAAAACAAGGCCAGGGUAAUUUUUGGCAUUUCUUCACAGCGGAUAUUGCAGGGAGUGAUGGAACAAGAAGGAGCAGCCACGAAAUGUUCCCAUAUUUUGCUUUUCGCUUUGAAACCAAAUCCUCUGCCAUUGUCUUGUCGAAUAGCCUAGCCUUCAUUACUUUGGGGAAUUGUAAAGAAAUUCCUGAAAGAUUUUGGCCUAAAUAUUCUCAGAUAAAACAAAAACGGAAUAAAAAAUAUUUGCAAACAAACCAAAAACUACAUGCCGGCCUUUCUGGCUUUUAACAUCUUAAUCAGCUUUUCCUGUUCUAUUUCCGUUUGCUACAGGCCACAUUCAUAAGAAUAAAAAAAAGAUCAUUUUUAAAUAGAAGGCUAUCUAGAAUUUUAAUUUUAGCUCAUUUUAACUUUCAAAUUCUGCAUAGAGGGAAUUAUUUUAACCCAAUAUUAUGACCAGAGAGAUUUAAAUAUGCCGGACUUCAACAGGAAAAAAAUGACCAGAUAACAGAAACUCUGGAUACAACAUAAGUGUUUACUAAGUUGAUUAACGCAGGUUGCACCAGACAAACUAGUUCUUACGUAGAGAUCAGUUGUUACGAAGUAUUUACAUCCAGGAACUUCUUGACGAAAUGGUUAAGUAGCAGAGAACAAGCCAAACCCGACAUAUGAACCGUUUGGAGCGACGACACGAGCUAACUGGAAAUGCGUUCAACAUCAGUGGGUAAAUGUGACGAUGAUGUGGAUAUUCAUGUUCAUAACCGGAUCAGAUGAUGAGGACUGUGGGCUGACAGAUUAUGUCGGAAAUCUGAUGCUGCAGUCGGCUUCCUUGUUUACAUUUUCAGAUGCUUUCUGAUUGGAUGCUGCCACAGAUGUUGCUCAGUAACCAAUUCACACACCUAACGGUUUUACCUGGUUGUAACUCGUCUGACUAGUUGGAGACUGGAUAGCAGUGACAAACAAACAGCUGGUGCAGCUCAGUCCAGGAAAGGAAGAUGAUGGUUCAUGUGAUGAAGAGUAUGACUGAGAAAAGGGAGAUUUCAUCUCUCAUUUAAGUUGUUGUUUUUAUGUAAACAUCACCCUUUUCAUUCAUAGUUUUUAUAUUCUGUGCAUCAUCAUCAUCAUCAUCAUCAUCAUCAUUAAACGUCACCACUAUGUGUCCUUGUU